AAAUCGCGUUUCGGGUGUAGUGAUUCGAUUGCGUCUGGCUUUCACCAGUUGUUUUUUUCCAGUCAUAUUAACUUAAUGGAGAAGAAAACGACGUCGGCGACGGCGACGACCACGUCGUUGUCGCAAAACUGACAACAGUCGCGGAAAUGUGUUUCUUUUGAUAGAGGAUUCCUAUAGAUGAGGAAGGAAGUUUUGAACAUAUUCUGUACAAGUGCCUACAACUAUAGUCAGAUGAUGCGACGCUUCUCCAAAAAUUGUUCCUGAUACUUAGCACCCUGCAUAUCAUAAAUAUUUGGUUUACAUAUUGAAAAUAAAAGCCAGGUGCGAGCGCGUUCAUCUUCUUAUUCGUCUAUGAUUACACCGUCGCCGUGUAUUAUCUGACUAUCCGGACAAGAGGUAGUAUAAUCGGAUAAAGGAAAAGCCCAUUAUAUCGCUACAGCUACUUCCUGCGAGUUCGGCUGUGCCAAAGGAGUGACUUUAACGGACAACAUGAGUAACCUGGGGGAAAAUGCGGUCGACUUCGACGAAGAUGAUUAUGACGAGUUCGAAGAUGCUAUUGAAAUGCCUUCGGAUAUGAGCCUUAACAAGGCUGUUGAGGAGGCCCAGCAAGCUAUCAAUUUCUUCUUCAACAACAAUUUCGCGGAAGCUAAAAAUCUCAUGAAGCCAUGGUCUAACGUAAGCAUGUACCAUGCCCUCGGAAAUGCGGUUUUUACAUUUCUCGAAGCAAUGCUGACAUUCGAGCACAAACAAUUGGUUGGUGCAGGUGAAGCACUGAAACAUUCUCUGGCGGUUUGCAACAGGUACAGGAAAAAGAAUACCAUCGGCGAGUCUCUCGGAAAGAUGGUGAAGAAACCAAACUUUGAGCAGUACACUGAAGUAGAAGCUCAUGCGGAACUCUGCCACGCGGAAUGCCUACUCUUGAAAUCCAUGCUUACCUUCCUCGAAGACGAAACAUUGAGCAGUUUCAUCAAGGCCGGCAUUAAGAUUAGAUCUUGCUACAACUCUUACAAAGAUUGUCAGCAAAUAUUAAAAAAGCAUGACUGGUCCAAGGACACGUCCAAAGUGCACUUCGAGAGUGGCGUCAAAAUGGGUAUCGGUACUUUUAAUUUGAUGAUAUCCAUGCUUCCGUCACGCGUAAUCAAACUAUUGGAGUUUAUAGGAUUUUCUGGAAAUAAAACCGUCGGUAUAAAUGAUCUGUUGGCUGGGUAUAACAUGCAAGGAUUGAGGCAAAUAUUAUGCGUCAUGACCUUAUUGGGUUAUCACUUGAUCGUUUUAUACGUUCUAAGUCACCAGGAAGGUGAUCUUAAGUUGUGCGAAGAGAUACUUGUCGGACAAUUCAAAAAGUACCCUCAAGGAGUCUGGUUUCUUUUCUUUAAAGGGCGACUAGAGUUUAUGAAGGGUAAUUUAAACUCCAGCUUGGAGUGGUAUAAGAAAUCCUGGAAAUCUCAGGAGAUGUGGCCGCAAUUCCAUCACUUUUGCUUCUGGGAAUUGCUCUGGGUCAACUGUUUGAAAACGGAUUGGGCAGAGGCGACGUUGUAUGCGAAUUAUUUACUUGAAGGCAGCAGGUGGUCCAGAACGGUUUACAGCUAUCAAAAAGCAGCAAUUAUGUUGAUGCAAAACGAAGACCAGACCUUAAACAAAUCCCAAUUAGGCAUCUUGCAAAACCUGAUGAAAGAUGUCCCAAAAUAUAAACAGCGCAUUGCAGGAAAGUCUUUGCCUAUGGAGAAGUUCGUUAUCAAAAAGUCCGAGAGGUUCUUUAACCAAAAAGAUACUUUGAUAUUACCAAUCAUCGAACUGAUGUACGUCUGGAACAUGUUCAAGGUCCUUAAGAAAAACUUUAAAGUCGCCGAAAACAUACUGAGACUCAUUGAGAAUGCCUUGAGGAACUUAACCUAUUCAGUACCACUGAACAAGUACGAUAAUGACAAUCGCGCUAUGCUGUUGCUUUUGAAGGGAGCUUGCCUAAAGCAGAUGGCAAGUCCUCUUCAAGCAAUGGAGUGCUUCGAGGCAGCUAUCUCACUACAAAAAGAGAUCAUCGAUGACACCUAUAUCGUCCCUUACGCUAUAGUAGAAUUGGCUCUUUUGGAAUGGGACGCAGACAACAAGGAGAAAGCGAUUUUAGCCUUAGAGGAUGCUAAGAGGAACUAUUCCGGAUACUCGUUGGAAUCUCGUCUUCACUUCCGCAUUCACACCGCCCUUACGGAAUUGAAGAAAGACCAAAAUUGAAGUACCUGAGAUGGUACAAACAGAUUGAAUUAUUUUUAAUAUAAGUAUCUAUAUAUUAUAUUACUAUUAUUACAAAAUUGUUUUGAUUCCUCAGGAACGAAAUCCCAUUGAAAAUAGUAUUAGUCU